CCACUUUUGAUUUUUGACUCGCAGAACAUAGAGGGAAGAGCGAACGCGUAGACAACGACGACGAAAGCAAUCGAGAAAAAGUCAAAAGUAGCCUCGCUAAAUUAAAAAAGAGGAAAGAGUUUAAUGCUUCUCUGGUUCUUUGGAUCGUGCGUGCUGCAGCUGCUACCUUGCCUCGCCUCUCGAAAUGCCGAAAACAGAAUCUCCUCUCCUCUCCUACCUUCCUCCUCCUCUUCCCUGCCCUGCUUUCUUCGCCAGAUUAUUAAUUAAUUAAGUUAUUUGUCUGUUAGCUUUCAUUUCAGACAGAGACGGAGACGGAGACGGAGACAUGUAUUCUUAAGCCCACCACAGACAAUCAAUUUCAUCACCAUAUUCUCUCUCUUUUUAUUUCAACUAUCUCAAGACACUUGAUCUAUUCUAUUUACACCCUACUGAGAUUAGAGAAUUUGUCCAAUCUUUUCAAAGUUUAAGCAUACUUCAGCGAGAAUGGCUGAGGGAGGAAUAUCGAGCUUCUGGGGUCCUGUCACGUCUACAACCGAGUGCUGUGAGAAGAAUUAUGCAUAUUCUUCUUAUAUUGCCGAAUUCUACAACACCCUUUCUAAUAUACCAUGCAUUCUUUUGGCACUCAUUGGCCUUAUAAACGCAUUGAGGCAGCGGUUUGAGAAGAGAUUUAGUGUUCUCCACAUAUCUAACAUGAUACUUGCUAUUGGAAGCAUGAUUUUCCACGCCACUUUGCAACAUGUGCAACAACAGAGUGAUGAAACCCCCAUGGUAUGGGAAAUGCUCCUAUAUAUGUACAUCCUCCACUCACCGGAUUGGCAUUAUCGCAGUACAAUGCCGACCUUCCUCUUUCUGUAUGGUGCUGUUUUUGCUGCUGUCCAUUCAGUGGUGCGUUUUGGAAUUGGCUUCAAGGUGCAUUAUGCGAUCCUCUGCAUCCUCUGCAUCCCUCGAAUGUACAAGUACUACAUUUAUACACAGGAUGUCUCUGCUAAGCGGCUUGCAAAGAUGUAUGUGGCCACCCUUCUCAUUGGUACUUUGUGUUGGCUUUUUGAUCGUAUUUUCUGCAAGGAGAUAUCAAGUUGGCCCAUAAACCCACAGGGUCAUGCUUUGUGGCAUGUCUUUAUGGGUUUUAAUUCAUACUUUGCAAACACAUUCUUGAUGUUCUGCCGUGCCCAGCAACGGGGAUGGUCCCCCAAAGUGGUCCAUUUUAUGGGCGUUCUUCCAUAUGUGAAGAUUGAGAAACCGAAGGCUCAAUGAAAGAAGUGAAACAAUGAAAUUAUUAGUCUUUGCUCAUUGUUUGAGGCACUUGGGAGUUUUGGCAGACAAGAAAGCAAGGAUCAUUCACUAUUGUGUUCAACAAAACGGACCUGGUGGAUAAAAAUCAAACAUGAAAAUCUUUCUUGUUUGAGUAGAAUAUGUACAAUACUUGUAUGCUUUGCUGGAAGUUUCAGGUUAGAUUGUUUGGGUUUUGAUAGCUUCCUUUUCUGUCCUAGAAACCUACAAUACUGUGAUGAAUUUGUUUUGAACUCGUGAGAAAUCAUGAAUUUUGGUUAAAA